AUGAGCGAGCCCGUGCCCAAGCAGCCCGAGGAGAGCACCAACCUGUACGAGGUGCUGGGCGUGGAGAAGUCGGCCAGCGAGCUGGAGAUCAAGACGGCCUACCGCAAGCUCGCGCUCAAGUACCACCCGGACCGCAACGCCGGCUCGGCCGAGGCCGCCGACAAGUUCAAGCAGGCCAGCGCCGCAUACGCCGUGCUGAGCGACCCGAACAAGCGCCGCCAGUACGAUGUGGCGGGUGACAGUGGCAAGGACAUGGAGUUCGAGAGCGUGGACGUGGAGUCUAUGGGCGGCUUCGGCCGCGUCGUGGGCGCGCUAUUCACCAAGAUCGGCAUGCCCAUUCCCACGCAGAUCUCGCAGACCGUGCUGUCCGCCGCCAGGGACCUGUGCGACGAGCGCAACAACUCGACGCAGCUGCCGCAGGUGACGCAGAUGGUCUUCGGCAUGGAACGCCACGCCAAGGUGGACAAGCAGGACGCGCACUUCUACAAGCUGCAGGUGGACCGCGACCGCGAGUCGGUCGUCUUCAUGUGCCGCUCGGCCUCCAAGAGCAAGUUCAAGCUGGUACUCUUCGACCAGCACGGCGCCGUGCGCAUGGUGCAGGAGUCGGUCAAGAAGCCGCGCUGCACGGCCGCGGACAUGUAUCUGUCCAGCACCGUGGAGCUCAUGGACCUCAACCCGGAGCUGUGGCCCAACGCCAACAGCGACUCGGAGCUGCCCGAGAUCUUCAGCAAGCUGUCGCUCUUUGAAGUGCGCCGCACGGUGCCGCUCGAGAAGGGCGAGCACCUCUUCUGCGUCUACGGAGACAACUGGCUGUCCGCCGUCAAGUACUCGAUCAAGUGUCUCAAGAUCGACGAGCAGUCCGCGGCGCUGCGCAGCAUCCAGCAGAGCGAGCACGAGCUCGCGGGUAUCAAGCACGAGCUAGACGCGCUGCAGAAGGAGUACGUGGCGGCCAAGAAGGCGUUUGAGGAAGUCUGCGGCCGGGUUGAGGCGAAGCAGAUCCGCACGGAGGAGCUGCUGGCGGAGCGUGAGCAGUCGUACGAGGCGUUCCUGGCAGGAUGCGACCCGAACCAAGCGGCUGGCCCGUUCGACGACUCGCGCGGCUCCAACACCUCGCAGAACGGCAAGGGAUCAGCCGCCGGUGACAGUCCCGCUGGUGGCAUUCGCAACAUCUUCGGCGGCUUCCAGAACCGCUUCUUCGCCGGUAAGGAGCGCACGAGCUCCAUGGACGCUACCAGCAACGCGUCGUCCCACAGCCACUAA